AUGGCAGCUACAAGUGCAGUUCAAAGCGGUGCAUCGCUCCACCCAGGCUUGGAGACGAUUGCCAGUAGACAAGCUCACUCGACUGUUCCCCAAGAUGAGGUUCUUGCUGGCGAAGCGGAUGCUGAACUUCUGGCAAAGUUGGGAUACAAGCAGGAGCUGAGGCGCAACUUCACAAUGAUGGAGGUCUUUGGAAUCGCAUUCAGUAUUAUGGGACUUCUCCCAUCGAUUGCCUCAACACUCUCAUUUUCUAUACCCGCCGGUCCUGUGGGGAUGGUUUGGGGAUGGUUUCUAGCUUCGGGGUGUAUAUUUGUCGUAGGGGUAGCAAUGGCGGACCUUGGAUCUGCGAUGCCGACCUCUGGUGGUUUAUACUGGUGGACGCACUACUUUGCUUCGCCCAAGACACGAAAUGCGUUGAGCUUCCUGGUCGGGUAUUCGAAUACCCUCGGACUGGUUGGUGGACUUUGCAGCAUCGAUUAUGGUUUCGCAUUGAUGUUUUGUUCAGUAAUUGUUGUCGCUCGAGAUGGCAAUUGGGAACCUUCCAACGGCGUCGUGUACGCUGUUUUCCUAUGCUGCGUUCUGCUCCAUGGAGUCCUCGCUUCAACACUUUCCAAAGUCAUGGGCAAACUUCAAACGGUCUUCGUGGCUAUGAACCUCAUUCUCAUCGCAGCCACAAUCAUUGCCCUUCCCGUGGGGAAGAAACUCUCAAGUGAACGCAACGAUGCACACUACAUCUUCGCUCAGACGGAAAACCUAACCACCUGGCCGACAGGAUGGGCUUUCAUGCUCUCUUGGCUUUCUCCAAUUUGGACAAUCGGCGCUUUCGACUCCUGCGUACACAUGAGCGAAGAAGCGGCGAACGCCGCCAAGGCAGUACCUUACGGAAUUAUGAUGUCUAUUGGCUCGUGCUGGGUUCUCGGUUUUAUUAUCAUGAUUGUCAUCGCAAGCUGCAUCAACCCAGACCUUGAAGCGGUUCUAGGUUCAUCCUUCGGCCAGCCAAUGGCUCAAAUAUACUAUGAUGCUGUAGGCAAGCAGGGAACGCUUGGACUAAUGUCUCUACUCUUCAUUGUCCAAUUUCUCAUGGGCCUCUCUAUCACAGUCGCCGCAUCCCGCCAGACUUGGGCGUUCUCUAGAGACGGCGCCCUUCCUUUCUCAAGCUUCUUCCGACCGAUCUCUAAGAAAUUCGGCUAUAUACCACUCCGUUGUGUCUGGGGUUGUGUCUUCCUUGCCGCUAUUCUCGGUUUACUCUGUCUUAUCGCUUCCGCCGCAGCUUCAGCACUCUUCUCUCUCGCUGUGGCAGGGAACAAUCUGGCGUGGGGAACCCCGAUAUUCUGUCGUGUAGUUUGGGGGCAGCACAAGUUCGUUCCCGGACCCUUUUAUACGGGUGAUAGAUUCUCUCGGCCUAUCGCUUGGGCUGCGAUUGUCUUCCUAGUCUUCGGAAUCAUUCUCGCCAUGUUCCCUGUUGGUGGACCGAAUCCGGAUCCCGAGAGCAUGAAUUAUACAGUAGUAAUUAAUAUGGCUGUCUGGGGUGGUGCGUUGGCGUAUUACUUUAUCGAUGCGAGGAAAUGGUUUACGGGACCGAAGAUUACGGUUGACACUUUACCUGAGAAUAUGAUAGCUGCCGGUCUCGAGGGCAUAGACGACGGACAUGUUGAGCCCGGGCUUAAAGACGGGGUUGAUGAGAAGGUGGGAGAGAAGCAUGAUAUUAGUGCUGAUUCAGUUUAG